ACAACACAACACUUGGGAAACAUUCCAACCUCAUAAAAAAGGUCAAUCUGAAACCCAAUACCAACGGUCAUUCAUACAAAAGUAGUCCUAUUUGAGAAAUAGAUGGGUGCCAAUGGCCAAAUAUAGAUUCAUGAUCAAUUUAUAGUUAAAUAACUAAACUUGAAGAGAAUACAGAUUAUAAAAAACUUAAACUAAAAUAAACAAACCUUUCAUUUCACACAUUUAUUCCAAACCAAGAUUAUCAUAAUGGCACAAGCACAACCGGAGAUGAGCAAAGACGGAAACUUUAAAGAAACCAGUAGUCCCCGCUUUAGAUUCAAUGCUCAGGCCCCUGAAUUCGUUCCCAGGUCACAAACCCAGAUGUCAGUUUCAGGAUAUUUCUACCCAUGCUUCCAUUUUCCUGAUUGGGUUUAUGUUGGUGACCCUGAGCCUCCUUCUUAUUGGAUAUCUAAUCCAGAUACCACGCCCCAUUCGAAGAAUGUCCUCCCAGACGAGCUUCAGCAAAAAAUCAUCAAACAGGUGGAAUACCAGUUUAGUGAUAUAAGUUUGCUAGCCAAUGAAACGUUGGCUAAAAACAUUAGCAAAGAUCCUGAAGGUUAUGUUCCAAUAUCUGUGAUUGCUUCCACAAAGAAGAUUAAAUCUCUUACUAGUAACAAUCAUGUGCUAGCUGAAGCACUUCGAUCCUCUUUGAAGCUUGUUGUAAGUGAUGAUGGGAAAAAGAUUAGGCGAAAGCAUCCUUUCACAGAAAGAGAGAGAGAGGAGUUGCAGUCUCGUACUGUAGUAGCAGAGAAUUUGCCUGAUGAUCACUCUCAUCAAAACCUCGAGAAAAUAUUUAGGCUUGCUGGAAGUGUGAAAACAGUUCGAGUAUGCCACCCUCAAGAACCUAAUUCUUCUCGUUCUAAAGGUGAUUUCUUUGUCAGUAACAAGCUUCAUGCACUUGUGGAGUAUGAAACAACACAGACAGCUGAGAGAGCGGUAGAGAAGCUAAAUGAUGAGCGAAACUGGAGGAAAGGUCUCCGAGUAAGGUUGUUGCUCAGAUGCUCGCCGAAAUCUGUCUUAAAGAACAGAAGAUCAGAAUUCGAUGGAAUUCUUGAAGAUGAUGAGAUUCUUCCAUGUGAAUCAGCUGAAGAGGCUUCUCAGUCAAGCCAUGCGAAUUCCAUCAUUGUAAGUAAUGCUGAAGAGAACUCUGGUGGAUCAAGAAAGGGGUGGGGACGAGGGAGGGGGAAGCCUCGAGGACGGGCCCAGAACCACAGUGGGCAAGGACUGAUUGUUCAUUCUUUGCAAUCAAGCAGUGGCCCCUAUAGUGAAGGACUUACAAGGCAGAAUUCUAAGGGUCCAAGAAUGCCAGAUGGAACGAGGGGAUUCACCAUGGGAAGAGGCAAGCCAUUAUCCACCCCAACUCUUGCUAAUGUUUCCAAUUGAGCUUAGUAAGAGCAAUGCUUGGCAGCCUAGUUUUGAUUUUUUUUUUUUUUUCUGGCAAUGACUCCUUACUACUAAAUGUGUCCACCUCUUUCAGAAACUUGAGAAGGGAGAGAUUUUUCAAGUAGUAUUAAUACGUUUACGUUUACACUAAUAAUUUGAGAUGUAUAGUAUAGUAAUAGUAUAUCAUUCAUUUAUAUAGCAUGGCACAAAGGGCUAUGAUGACCGAAAUUGUUUUUUUCUCUCAAACUUAUGUAUUCAAAUUAAUCAAUAAUGAAAAUGAGUAGAAAUCUCUUCGUAUUAA